CUUUCUGGUAACAUUCCUGAUGAUUUAGGAAACCUCCGAGCUAUGAUCAAUUUGUAGCUGAGUAUGAAUCAGCUCAGUGGUCCUGUUCCUUCUUCUUUGGGCAAUAUGACUGACCUGGAAUAUUUAUAUCUCCGUGAGAACCAACUUGCCAGUUCCAUUCCUGGAUUCCUAGGGAAUUUGAUGAACUUGGUGGUGCUACAAUUAGAUACGAACCAGUUCACCGACUUCAUACCAGAUAACUUGUGCCGGGGUGGAUCACUUCAAAACCUCACCAUGGCUGGCAACAACCUCACAGGUUUCAUUCCCGGAAGCAUGAGAAAUUGCACGAGCUUACUCAGGGUACGCCUCCAGGAGAAUCAACUCACUGGAAACAUAUCCGACAGUUUUGGUGUCUACCCGAACUUGGACUUCAUGGAUUUGAGUUUCAACAAGUUCCACGGAGAGAUCUUGGUCAACUGGGGAAGUUGUCGGCGUUUGAGGGAUCUACGGAUUGCUGGGAACAACAUCACCGGUAGCUUGCCUUCUGAGAUCGGAAAUGCAACUGAACUACAAGGACUCGAUCUUUCUUCCAAUGGUUUAAUAGGCGAGAUUCCAAAAGAACUCAGGAAAUUGACCUCUUUGGUGAGGUUGAACUUGAGCAGGAAUCAACUUUCUGGCAGUAUAAAUCCCGAGAUCGCAUCACUAUCUGGUCUUCAAAGACUGGAUUUGUCCAGGAAUAGAUUAAACUCGUCUAUCCCGGAGAGUAUCGGGCAGUUGGCAGACUUAUUCCACUUGGAUCUGAGCAACAACCGGUUAAGCCAAGAAAUUCCUGGCCAGAUCAGGAUGCUGACUCACUUAUCCGAGCUAGACUUGAACAAUAAUUCAUUGAUCGGCGAGAUUCCUGCACAAUUCAGCAGUCUGCAAAGUCUACUGAAACUUGACCUCUCACACAACAAUCUUUCGGGCCCUAUAUACGCAAUUUUUGAGGAUAUGCCAGGUUUGGCCACGGUUGACAUAUCCUACAAUGAGUUUCAGGGUCCGGUUCCAAUUGCACCCAGUUGAGUUUUCUUGGAAUAAACCUUUGAAUGGUGCAAGUUGCUAUGACCUUGUUGGCACGAUUCUGUCAGUGGAGCAUUCGUUUUGCAAAAUAACCUGCAAAAGAUGGCCUAAAGAAAAGGAAAAAGUAGAUUUCUUGAAUAAUUUAGCUGUCAGUUUCUUAUUACCAAUUCUUCAGAUGAGCUCGGCCCUUAUUUCGCAAUAGUGAUAAGGGGAGGAUUGCUGAACCAGUUUCAAAGAUAAGAAGGCGGUCGAGAAGUCAAAGUCCUCAUCCAAGGUACAGAGAUGAAUAUAGAGACCGUGAUUACAGGAGGAGAAGACGCAGUAGAAGGAGGGGACGAUAUGAUCGCGACAGUUACAGAGACAGGGAAAGGAGUUACCGUCACCGAAGUAGGAGCUAUAGCGCAAGUCCUGACCGUCGCAGAGACCGAAGGGCAUCCAAGUAUGAUGAUGAGGACCGAAGUCGGAGUGGAUCAUGCACAAGUUCAUCUCAGAGUCCUCGGAAAGCCGAAUAUGAGAGGAGUCGCUCUCCAAAUCAGAGACCUUCUGCACUUGAAAGUCCUGAUGUACGAAAUGGUGAAAGAGAUUCUUAGCUCCUUAAAGAUGUGCCCAGUGGACUUCCUGCCGAUUCACUUGGUGCAUAUCCACGUAGUCCAUCGAUCGAGUGGUAAAGUCACAUGAGUGGAUUUGUUGCUUCUGUCUCACUCUAUUGCAACUAUUUGAUCCUUACGUCUCUGCUUUUUUAUGUUGCCUUCUUAUGAAAGAUGAGUGCCCAAGGUCGUGGGAGUCAUUUUUGCUCGACAAACAAUUUACUUUCUCCUGAGGUGCUCUUGAUAUGUGGACAGAUGCUUCAUUGCAUGAGGCAGCUAGUCUGUCUAUUCUGACUUUGGUGGUUAUUAUGAUACUCUGAUCUUAUUCUUGUGCUAUAAUGUGCAUUCAUGAAGUGCCUUUCUUGUGAUGCAUUUGUUCAUAGGUCUCUGGCUACGCUUUUAUAUAUUGUC